CUGAAGCGAACGGUUGUUCAACAAUCCGAAAAAAAACACAAACAUUCGAAAGAGAAACAGAGAAACCGAAAAAGAAGUAACAGUGCAAAAACAACAAAAGAGAAUACAAAGAAAAAGAAACAUUUUUUUUUGUUUGGUUUUGGUGCAUCUUCGGCAAAAAAAAGAACCGGUUAUUAAAUGCGCGCUGCAACUAAAACAACAAAAGUAGCCACACUUGAAACACAACAACAAAUAACAACAACAACAACAAGCAGAGCAAAGCAACGUUGCACAUUUUCUUGAGAGCAGCUCAAACUGUAAAAAAAAACAGAGUAGAGCACAAGAAGAAGAGGAGAAGGAAAAGGAAAGGAAAAGAAGCGGAAAAUUGCAAGGAGUUUUUUAAAUAUAGCAGAAGAAUCGAGGAUAAACCAUAGUUAUGGCCUUUUCGAUUGUUAGCCGCGGCAUUUUGCGCACUUCGAGGGAAAUCCUGGAACGCAACAUGGCCGCAACUGUCGGUGCUCUGCAGCAGACCGCCUCCCCGCCCCCUGCCUCAGCCCACAUGUCCAACAACCACAGCGAUUGUCAUCGCCUUUUCCUGGCCACUGGUGGUUACAUUUGUGGAAAUGGAGCACACAACACCCACUCACUGCUGUGGCAUCAAAUGCGCACCACAGUGAUCCAGGCCGUCCGUCAAUAUUCCAAGAAAUCCGCCGGAGCGGCCAAGUUGCGUCGAGAGGUGGAGAGUGAUAGCGAUUCGGAUUCGGAUGAUGAGUUCGAGCGUCGUCGCCAGAAGAUGGAUUCCAAGCGCAGUGAACGGGGCGAUUCAGCCUUUUGGCGUCGCAAAAUGCGCACCCUGCACCGCAUCCUUGAUGUCAAUCACGAUGGCGUUGUGUCUUACGAUGAUUUCAGUUUGCUAGCCAAACGAUUUAACGAUUUGGGCCAUCUAACCCCAGAGGUGGCGGCCGAAUUCAACGAUGUGAUUAAGCAUACAUGGGAGGAGCAGUUUGGUGAGAUAACCCCAUAUAAUCUGGUGACUGCCGAGCAGUUUCUCACCGAUCUGCAUCAUCGUCUCAAUGACAAGAAGAUGGCCAAGCGUAUUGGUCGCUUUUUGCCCUAUUUGUUUAAGGCUGUGGACUUUGAUCACACUGGCCAUUUGGAUCUCGAACAAUACAAGCUCUUCUUCCGCUGUCUGGGACUCACCGAAGAUGAUGCUGCCGUUUCAUUCGCUGUGAUAGAUAAGAACGGCGAUGGCCAAUUGUCGCUCAAGGAGUUUGUACAUUUGGGCCGUCAAUUUUUCCUCACUGAGGACGACACAAAGAUAUCGAAGAUGUUCUGGGGACCGCUGGUGGCCGAUCAUUGACGUGUUGCAGUCACUGCUGUAGAUCAUCAUCAUCAUCAUAAACCAACAACAUCAUCACUAUCAUCACAAUUCAAUUUGAAAGAAGACAAAGAAGCAAAUGAAGGAGAUCAAAGAGAAGGAUGCAAUAAACAUACCAUCAUCAAUAAUGAGCCAAUGCUAAAUACACUGAAAACGACAACGAGGCAAUGGCCCAAAGGCAACUCGUUGCCAAAACGCGUGCAGACGGCAUGCGGCAAUUGGCCCAAUCUACAGCAUGUGGCGCCGCAUAAAAUGGGAUUAAUGAAUUCCAGCACCACCCCAAUAAAAAACAACACCAUUAUCACCAGCACGAUCGUUACCAGGAACAUGAGCAUUUACGACUAUUUACGGCAACAUUUAAGCUCCGCCAAACGUCGUCGUUCCAGCCAGGACCUUUACUCUUACUCAUCCUUGCCAGCGGCCAAGUUGCGUAAGCAUAACUAUAGCAACUAUCGUUGGGAGCGAGAGAGGGAGCGGCAGGAGGAACGUGAACGUAGGAAUGGCAGGACUAAUAAUGCAUCCAUGGAUAAUUACGAUAUAAGAUUCUUUUUCUACCUUAAUUCGCUAAUAUUAUUCACCAUGUCGUGCAGCCGGCAAUAUGACGGCGAUGACCUUAAGCACUUUAUAUGCGAACGGAUCCGGAAAUUCGAUCGGUUGCGACGGAAGGCGCGUAAGCGACGUAAGCGUAGAUCCAAGCAGCUGCAGCUGUAAACUACGUAACUCUAUAUGUCCAACCCAGCUUAACUACAUUAUACUAUAUAAACCUAUUACAUUUUUUUUUAUGUGUCGCCUAGUUAGGAGUUAUGUUUAACUGAAAUAUUAUACAACCAAUAAACAGCAAGCAUGAUAUAACAA